CUAAGUCUGGGGAAGUGUAGUACAAGUCGACAGAACUUAGUUGUGGAGUUAUUUUUGUUUUCACCCCAUAAUAAGUCUUCAAGGUUCGGAUAAGUUGGAUAUAGGUCUGCACUGAUCAACCCAUAUAUAUAUACUGGGUCUUUCUUAGGGUAAUCUGCUUCUAUUCGUUUACUGUCGACGCAAGGCGGAUCCAAAAACAGAGUCUAAGAUGGCAAUUCGUACAGUGAUCAUGGCAGUGCUUCUGCCAUACUGCAUCAUCGCUUUGCCGAGUGGGCCACCGGUAGACCGACACCCCGGAGUUUGCACCAGCAUGUCACCGGGGGAUCACCAUCCUAGAAAUACGGCUACUGGCCCUGCACCUUACAACAUUGUAGUCAGUAAUGACACCUAUACCGCAGGACAACCCAUACAGGUAACACUCCGCGCCAACCAGGGAGUAACCUUCACCGGUUUCUUCGUUCAGGCAAGAAGCCAAUCAGACUCGGCUAAGAUGGAUGCUCUUGGAACUUUCAGCAACGUUCCUGAAGGAUCGCAAGUUCUUGCCUGCACCUCCGCCGCGGGAGCCUGGUCCCACAACAACAAGAAUGCCAAGAGGGAGAUAACUGCAACGUGGAUGCCGCCAUCCGAUGAUCAAGGAUCUGUUGCAUUCCAGGCAACCAUCGUGAGGGGUCCAGCCAGCGUUUACUGGGAAGGCGUGAAAUCACAGCCUCUGUCGUACAGUGCUGCACCUAGCCUGGUUUCAAGCAGCAUCUUCCUCUUGGCUUUCGCCGUGUUCUGGGCGAUGAUGGCGUGACUGUGAGAAAUGGUGGACGUCCAUACCGCCCUCUUGUGAUUUCAUCUGGACAAAAAUAAUCGUCUUAAAUCGGACACGUGCCUUACUCUUUUUGGGAGAUGCUGAUGAAUGGUGCGAUGACCCAAAGAGGCAUUAAUUUCUAAAAGAGCAGCUAUAGACAUUUGAUUAUUGAUUAUUCAAGCUUUUUUAUUGCGAAAAGUUGCAUCAAGGAACAAAUACUCGGACAUGAAACAAAAUCUCUAGUAGCUUU